UGCCGUUUCCUUUCUCCUUCGUAGCCACAUCGCGCGGCCCGAGCGGGUUGCUCCAUAGCGCCCCCACCCGUUGCAAGUCGGAAAGACGGGGGAAGGGGGAGGAGACUACAGCUCCCAGCGCUCCAGGCCGGGCAGCCGCAGUCCGGGCCGCCGUUUCUCCUCCAGCCUUGUCAGAAGCGCAGCGCGUCGGGGUUGCCGUUGAUCCCGGAGGGAGAGAGAGAAGCAAAGCUCAGCAUGGCCGGGCCGGCGUGGGCCGGGUGGAUACGCUGACCAGUCGGGGCCGGGCGGGCUCGCUCGGCGGCUGCGCUUACAGAGAGAGGGAGAAAGUGACGCUGCCGCUGCGCACCCGAAGGAUGCAGGAGGCUGCGAUGUUGCUGGCCGGGGGCUGCCCCCCUCCUUUCCUGCCGCCGCCGCCGCUGCUGCAGUGCUAGAAUCCUCCACCUCCACCUUCUCCCUUGCAGAAGAAGGGCCAUGUAACCACCUUCCACCUCUUCCCCCAACCCGGGAUAGCCACAGAUUUCCCCCCUCCUCCCUCCUCCCCACCAACCCGUCGCUGUGCUCUCCGGCCAAGAGCGCAACCAUGAAGAAGCAAUUCAACCGCAUGCGGCAGCUCGCCAACCAGACCGUGGGCAGGGCUGAAAAAACAGAAGUUCUGAGUGAAGAUCUCUUGCAGGUAGAGAAGCGUCUGGAGUUGGUGAAGCAGGUCUCCCACAGUACACACAAGAAGCUGACAGCAUGUCUUCAGGGUCAGCAGGGAUCAGAUUCUGAUAAGCGCUCGAAAUUGCCUUUGACAUCACUUGCCCAGUGCUUGAUGGAAGGUUCUGCCAUUCUAGGGGAUGAUUCCCUGCUUGGGAAGAUGCUAAAGUUAUGUGGGGAAGCAGAGGACAAGUUUUCUCAUGAGCUCAUCCACUUUGAGCUGCAAGUUGAAAGGGAUGUGAUUGAGCCACUCUUCAUGUUGGCUGAGGUAGAAAUCCCAAAUAUCCAAAAACAGAGGAAGCACUUAGCAAAACUAGUUCUAGACAUGGAUUCAUCAAGGACAAGGUGGCAGCAGUCAGCCAAAUCUUCGGGUUUGGCAAGCAACCUGCAGCCUUCGGGUGCCAAAGCGGAUGCUCUCAGGGAAGAGAUGGAGGAGGCAGCAAACAGAGUGGAGAUUUGCAGGGAUCAGCUCUCAGCUGACAUGUAUAAUUUUGUGGCCAAAGAGAUAGACUAUGCAAACUAUUUUCAGACUUUAAUAGAAGUGCAAGCAGAGUACCACAGGAAGUCAUUAGCACUUUUGCAGAAUGUGUUGCCUCAGAUCAAAGCACAGCAGGAAGCUUGGAUCGAAAAACCCUCCUUUGGGAAGUCCCUGGAGGAGCACCUAGCUGUCAGUGGCCGGGAGAUUGCUUUUCCCAUUGAAGCAUGCGUCACCAUGCUCCUGGAAUGUGGCAUGCAGGAGGAGGGCCUAUUCCGGGUGGCCCCCUCAGCCUCUAAACUAAAGAAGCUUAAGGCAGCCCUUGACUGCUGCGUUGUGGAUAUUCAGGAGUACUCAGCUGAUCCUCAUGCCAUUGCAGGAGCACUGAAGUCCUAUCUUCGGGAAUUGCCAGAACCACUGAUGACAUUUGAACUUUAUGAAGAAUGGAUUCAAGCUUCCAACAUCCAGGACCAAGACAAGAGGCUGCAGGCCCUGUGGAAUGCCCUUGAGAAAUUGCCCAAACCCAGCUACAACAAUCUGAGGUACCUGGUCAAAUUCCUUGCACACUUAACAGAGUAUCAGGAUGCAAACAAAAUGACCCCAAGCAACAUAGCGAUUGUGCUGGGGCCCAACCUUCUCUGGCCUCAGACAGAAGGAAACAUCACAGAGAUGAUGGCAACCGUCUCUUUGCAAAUUGUUGCAAUUAUUGAACCCCUUAUCCAGCAUGCAGAUUGGUUCUUUCCAGGAGACAUUGAAUUCAACUUGACCGGGAACUACGGCAGCCCUGUGCAUGUGAACCACAACGCGAAUUACAAUUCCAUGCCAUCGCCCGAUAUGGACCAUGCUGACCGCAAGCAUCCUGAUCAGACCCGGCGACCGCUUAGUGUAGCCACCGACAACAUGAUGCUGGAGUUCUACAAGAAGGAUGGCAUGGGCGUCCGGGUGAUGGACACCUCUUGGGUGGCUCGCAGAGGCACCUCCAUAGUUCGUAAGGCAUCCUCCACCCCUCCUGCCAUGCAGCCCCCUGCUCUGCCUACUGAUCUUGCUGCUACUCCUCAGUCACCAAUUCCUGAGCAGUCUCUAGACAUUCCAGCUACUCCCUCCCCUACUCCAACUAGCUUCGGUUUCCCAUCAGGGGCUGAGCGAGCAAGCACGGAUGGUGUGUCGUCUAGUUGGUCGGAUUCCUGUUACAUCUACCUAUCCCCUGAGGACGACAAGCCUCCCCCAUACUCCUGCUACUCAUCCUCCCACUGUCCCCAUCCCAAGACUGGCCCAUGUGCUAGGCCUGCGCCCCCCUUGCCACUGUACAGGUGGCCACGCUACAGCCAAACUCUGCCUCCCUCAUCUUCCUCCUCCUCUUCUUCCUCCCCCUCCCCUCAGCAGCUUGAUAUUAACUCUAACCUGAAACCGUAUUUCCUGCACCUCCCUAAGCAAAGCUCCCUCACAGAGUUGCAUGGUCCAGAGACUAACCUCUCCUCUGCCUACAUGAAACCCACCCUCGCCUUAUCCAAACCUGAUUCUCCUGGCACUCACAGCUCCCGUAUGUCAGUCUCUCCCCCCUGGGUCAGCUGCACCUGUGCCAGUGACAGAGGAGCCGGGCUCACUAGCACACUAAAACCCAAGGAACUCUCUCCAGUAUCUGGGCAGAAAGGGAGCCUGGCUUGUGGUCAUGUGGCACCAUGUGGGAGCACACAACAGCCACCUGGCCUCACGCAGCAGCUGUCCACAGAGCAGAGCCCACACACUCUGCGGAAAGUUUCAAAGAAGCUGGCCCCAAUUCCUGCCAAGGUUCCUUACGGCCAGUCAGGUGGUAUGUCCGAUCAGUCUACAGGGCAGCCAUCCCCUGCCAGCCUUUCUCCCACCCCACCAAGCACUCCAUCACCCUAUGGACUGAGUUACCCACCAGGAUAUUCCCUGGCCUCGGGCCCACUCUCCCCAGCAGCUGCUCCUCCUCUAUCUUCUCCUCCUUCCCUGACGAGCACUUUAACCAAAUCUCGGCCCACCCCCAAGCCGCGGCAGAGGCCCACGCUGCCACCUCCACAGCCUCCCACAUCAAAUGCAUCUGGCUCUAGCCCGCAGUCUGUGGAGCACACUGUACUUGACGGCAUGUCCCCCGGGGAAAGUAUGUCUACAGAUCUUGCCCACCUUGCUAUCCCUUCCAUCCAUGUAGAAGUUGACUCCACACUUCAUCUGGACCCACUGGGACAAGUCCAGAGACAUCCGGUACCAGGAAAAAUCAGUUCAGAGGAUUCAGAAAGCACCGCCCUAUGACACAAAAGUCCCCUGUCCCUCUAAUGUGCCCUCCUGUACAUAUCGGUGCCCCAUGAACACUACUGAAGGAGAUGUGUCCAGAGGCCUCCAGAGCUCUCUUCUGAAGUUCCGCUUGCCAGCCCCUUGUGCAAGACUGACAGACUGUGGGCCUGGUGCUAACCUUGUCUCUGUGGCAAAGGGCAUUGCUGGUGCAAUUUCCAAUUAAUUUAUUUUUCUUCUUCUGUUUGUUUAGCCUUAUCCAAAUUUUGCCUUUUUGACGUGGUGCCUAUUUAUCUCUGUUACAAGCUUUUGGACCCUUAACAAAGAAUUAAUCCCAUCUGCCCUAUUGGGGAAUUUGUUUCACUCCAGUGUUGUACGAAGCACAGAGAUAAGAGGGUGGUAGGCUGCUUACCGGCUGAAGGCACCCACCGGGUUUAGCUUUCUGACCUUGGAGGCGUGUUUUGUUCUGUCUGCCUCCUGCUUUUGCUCUCGCUGUCCUUACUCUUUCCACUCCACCUGUGCUGGCCCAUCUCUCUCUUCCCUGUGGAUUGGGCAAGGAAUGGAACUCUCUCCUGUUUUAGAAGUGACUGCACCUUUCCUCAAUCCCUGAAGGCCUGUAUUCUGAAAUACCAGGUGCAGCGUUGUGAAUCUCUGUGUAUCUACAAGCCUCCAACAGGGGAAGGGAAUCUGGCCUUACAAAACGUCUACAGUUCCAUUUCCCCACCCCAGUUACCUGGGUCUGCCUGCUUUUUCUCCCAUCAUUCAUAUUUGCUCACCUCCCUCUGCUUGGCAUGGAAAAGCUCUUUGAAAGUAGAUGGGGGGGGGAGGUCAGUAAUGGGAGGAACAGAGCAUCUGGCUGUGGUCAGAAGUGGGAGGAAGUGGCAGCUGUGAUGUGGUUGGGUGAUGGUCUCCUGUAUGUCUGAGAAGCAGUUACUUGAUUAGCAAUAAAAGUGAUCUUAAACAUACCCCCGCCCUUGCAGUGUGAUGUCGGAGGCAGAAUCUGGCCAUAUGGAGUUCUUGUUCACCAGCACCAUGGGAUUAUCCCCCUCUUCUAUCGGCUGUGUGUUAAUACCUUGAGGGCAAGGAAAGGGGAGAUGGAUGCCACUAACAUACGCUUGUAGGGGCCAGAUUGCAGCUCUCCGUGGUGUUUAGCCCAGGGUUUGACUGAAGAGGGCAGAGCUCUCAACUGUGCAUGCAAAGACAGAUGUAACCUUUUAUCAUUUUAGAAGAGAUGAGAUACAUAUAUCUGUCAAGGUAGAUAUAUAUUUGUAUAUAUAUAUAAAAAGGCUAUAAAUAUAUAUAUUUGAUUUAUUGGGCCAUUUCAUUUGAACUGGUGUACAAAUAUACGAUGUAAAUUUAAAUGCUGAUAAUAAUUCUUCCAACACCAAACUUUCACACGAACCUUCCCUCCCUCAGAUUUAUGAUAAAUGUCUCCAAACUCCUUUUUUCUUUUUAAAAAUCCCAGCAGUGGUUUUUGCAAGUCUAAAUGCUCUCGCUUUGCCACAGGCUGUGAUAAUGUGUAGUUCAUCAUCCAAAGCAGAAGAGGCAGGAAAACAAGUGCAAAUUCUUGUUUUAAAAGAUGGGGGGUGGAGAGGAGAGAUUGUGAUCCUAGCUACUCUUUCCAAUUCCAGCCACAUGGUAUAUUUGCUGCUCCUCAAGCUGGGGGAAUUGCCCAUUGGUAUCUUGUGCUGCAUCUUAAAAUUACUGGCAAGAAAAACCCAGCCCAAGCACUGAGCAGCUCCUUUCGAGGGGGAGGGGGGCUCCUGCUUCCUCCAUUUCGGCCCCAUCUCUCCCCAACCUAUGGUCUCAUUAAAGUACAAUUAAUGACUUUUGUGGUA